UCCCACCCACGAAUGAGUUUCUACUUCAAGCACAGUCUGAUACGCACUGCUAUUCGGAACGGAGUAGUGUUUGAAAUUCCUUAUGCCCCUGUCAUCUCCCCGAACAGCGAAUAUCGGCGCCGAACUUGGUGGGCCAACGCAAUGGAACUUUGCAGGAUGACAAACGGAAAAAACAUCAUCUUCGGGAGUGGUACCAAGGUCAUAUCGGAUUUGCGUGCUCCUCUUGAUGUAGCGAAUUUGGGGACGCUUCUGAGUCUGUCUCAAGAUGUAGCAUUGAAUGCUCUGACAAAGACCCCUAAAGCGCUUAUUCUUCGGGCUCAAACUCGAAAAACCUAUAGAGCGAUGGUGUCAGCACCUAAGAUUGUUUACCCUUCUGGGUGGCCUUCUGAAGGUGUUGAUGCAGUUGCAGCCGCUGCGGAGAGUGAGGGCGAUGUAGCACAGCUAUCCGUUCCAAGUAAGAGGGCAGCAGCAGAGGCUGUCGAUACGAUUCCUUCAAGCACAAGGCAAGGGAAACGGAGGAAGAAAAAAAAGAAUGAAGAAGCGUCACCGGACUAGAGGUUCAACUGACAUGUCCCCUUUCCUUUGCUUCUUGACAUCUCAUCUGGACAGAGUGGCUAUAGUAUGUACGUGACGCGCCUUUGAAUUUUGUAGUUUUGUCGUGUGUUUCUCUGAGGCGACCUUCUGGAUAUGAGCUCUCCGGGGAUCGACUUAUGCCGAGAAUGAAGCGUAG